AGCCGCUUUGGCCCAGGCCGCCACCCCGCCGCCGCCGUCGGGCGCCGCGCAGACGAAACGCCCGUUUUUUUGAUUGCUUCCUCCGCCCGGCCGACCAUGGGGAAGCCUGCGCCGCGCGUGGUCAAGCGCAAGGCCGUGUCGCGCGCGCCCUCGGCGUCGGUGGCGCGGGCCCGGAAGGCGCUGAAGAAGAAGAGGCAGGCCGUCAAGGCCAAGGCGGCCCAGGUGGAGGCCGUCGCACGCGCCGCGGGCGGUUACGGCAAGGCGAUGUCCUCGCCCUGGGAGGUGCCGCCAGGAGGCAUCAAGAAUUCCCCGGCUUACAAGGCGGUCGUCGCGAGGUGCGGCGUCCUCGGGUCCACCGCCCCGGCGCCGAAGGACCGCGCCGGGGCUCCGCUGAAGGGCGGCUUCCCGAUCGAGCAGCUGCCCCCGAACGUGCUGGUCGACGGGCUGCGCGCCCACUGGCUGCCCGACGACUGGGCCCAGGUCGUCAAGAACACGGGCCCGGGCGGCGUCUAUUACGGCUGGCUGUCUCCGCAGGGCAAGUUCUUCUACCACCGCAGCGGCUACCCCACCGCCAUCGAGGAGAGCCUCGGGCGGAAGCUCACCGCGCGGGACGGCGUCAACGGCAUCCUGCGGUCGGUGCGGCAGCGCGUGUCGCCGGCCGCGGACAGGGCGUUCCUGCAGCGGAGCCUCACGGCGGCGGAGAGGAGGCACGUGCUGGGCGCCGAGCACUUUCACUUCGCGGUGAUCUCGGCCCGCAGAGCGGCGUCAGACGAAGGCCAGCACGGCAUCAUGUUGGUGGAGGGCCACUGCCAAGCGGUUGGGAUCACGCCGACGUGGUACGUGGACGCAGACAGCUUGGCGGACUACAAGGAGCUUGGCCUUCGCGCCGUCGUGGGCGGCAAACUGACUCCCGCCAGGAACAUGGCGCUGGACGUGGCCAAGCGCAAGAGGCAGGUGUGCGUCCAGAUCUCCGAUGACAUCUCGAAAUGGGAGUACUUCUCGGAGGAGGAAGCAGAACUUUCGGGGCGAGGUCACCUUCGCGAAGGCGAACGCGGCGGUCCACGGAGCUCGGCGGCUCCACGUCUCGCCGCUGGCCGCGGCGCAGUUCAUCCUGGCCAAGAUGCGUUCCUCGCCUCGGAGGCCUCACCUCGGCGGCGUGUUCCCGACGCUGAACGCGUCGCUCAGCCUCGGCCAGGAGGAGAGUACUCCACGCACCAUUUCAUCCUGGGCGAUUUCUUUGUCGCGGAGCCGGCCUCGAAGUGCCGGUUCGACACGUCCAUGACCCUCAAAGAGGACUACGAUUUCUCUUGCGCUCACAUCAAGGCGCACGGCAGCGUUCUUCGCUGCAACCGUAUGUUCGCGCAUGCUCGGCACGCCACUAACGCGGGCGGCGCGGUGGCGACGAGAGACUCCAAUGGCAGCAAGGAGCGCGCAAACAUCGCCAUCCUGAUGCAGAAGUGGCCUGGCGUGUUCCACCUGAACGGGAGGCGUCAAGAUGAGGUCAUCAUGAAGGGAGGAGUCUUGGUCAACGGCGGGGCAGAUGGCGCCGAGAAGGGCUCGAGCCAGAGCGCCAAGACGAGCGGUGGUACCUCCAGGACGAAGCCGGUCAAGAAAGCUGGCAGCACAGCAGCAAAAGGGGCGGUAAGGAACAGCUCGGGCUUCGACCUCUCAUCGAAGGUGAAGCGCGUCAAGGAGGUCAGCGCGAAGGCCGCAUACAUCAACGAGAGGGCCGCCGCCCUGAGCGGGAAGACGGCCAGGUUCCGGGACGCGGCAGGCCGCGAGAGGCCCUACCGCGCCUCGGACCUCGGCUACGACGUGGCCCGCGGCGUGCUGCGGGUGCUGAAGUGACGCGGGGAGGGGCCUCGAGUCUGCUGCUCGGGCUUGCUUGGCAGGAUGCAGCUCCUGGGAGCAGCCCCCAGCAGCACAGGGGCGGUCCGCGCUGCGCGGGCGGUGCACGGCGGCUGCCGCCGCCAGGGGCACGCGCCGCGCCGCGCUGCGCUCGGACCGGACACGGGGAUCUGGCCCGCCGGGCCUCGGAGCGGAGCGAGAGAACAAGAGCGUGGGCAGCCCGUGCGCGGCGAGCCUCCUCCUCCUCCUCCCGCCGCCUCCUCCUCCUCCCACGCCUCCUCCUUCUCCGCCUCCGCCUCCUCCUCCGCCUCC